GAACUAUCCCUUUAAGUUAACAAUUGCAGGUUACAAUGUGUUUUUGCAGUCUUUGGAAAUAACAAAUUCUGCCACUUAAGCUGAGUGUAAUUUCACAUGAAUUAUGAACAUGGAGAAUAAAAAUGUCUGUGAUCACAAAAUAUGAUUUAUUUCUUUGCAGAGGUGCAUCUGAAUUGGAGAUUUCUUCAUUGCCAUGGAAAUGAGUUAUCCAUUUCCAGUUUUUCAGUAUGCAUCCUUCCUUUGAACAAACUGUUUGUUUGCUUACAUUCUAUAUAUUAUUAAUAUCCUCUGUAUUUCCAUAAUUUAUGUAAAGUUUAUGUUCCUGAUUACCAACAGCUCAAAAUCACACCUCCAUGCUACACUCAUACUGUAUCUAAAUCAUAGAGUACAGUUUCUUUUUCUUUUUUUCAGGAUCUUCAUACCUAUUGUAACGUGUGCUUUUUUGGCAAUCUGCUGUGUUAGUUUCUGUAAAUUCUUCCAGCGGGCCCGUAAGGAGCGUUUGGAGCGUCUAGCAGCUCAGGCUCAAGCCCUGGAACAAGUGCCUGUCUAUGUCAUUCCAAUGUCUCUGUCUGAAGAUGACCUGCACAGACCACCACGAUACAGCACAGUACAAUUCUACGAUCCACCUCCUGCAUAUAAUGAGCUGAAGCCUGAGGCCUUUCCAGUGGAACCUCCUCCUGCAUACUCAGAGUCUGUCUCUCCUCCAUCAGCACAUUUAUAACCACACCAACUGUGUCUCCAGAUAUACAAGACUGUCACAAGCACUUGGAUUCAUGAGAGUGGAUAUGUGGAAAAACCCUCCGGAAAAUGAGGAAACUCAAAAUUUCCCAAGAUUUCUCCAAGGACUCAUGCUACCUGUGCAUAUUUUUAAAUUAUGAUAAAGUCAAUGUUUUACAGUGUGAUUCAGAUGGGAUUCUGUGUCAGUCCUACAGAGUCAUACAGGUGGACUAUUUUGUACAGUGAGCAGCAGGAACUUGGUGAAAAGUUUUAAAGUAUAUUUUAGUAUAUCUUCUGUUUUGUGAAUACUUGUAUAUUUGUACAUGUUCUGUAUUUUACUGAUUUUGUAAGUGGAGUGAACUGUGUUCAUUUAUAAUGGUAAAUAUAAAGCUAAAUAUUUGACUUAUGUGAAAAUGAGCUGAAAACUUUAUGGAUGGAACAAAUACUAAAAUAAAAUUGUUGUGGA